AUGUGCUGGAAGCCCUUGAACCGGUUCUCUCAAACCGCCAGCCUGAGCCGGUUCAAACUGAUCCGCGAUCUGAUCUCAAAGACCACUGCUGAUGCGGUCUGGUUCGGAUCCGAUUUGACCGGGUUCAACCAGGGAGGCUUCAGAGAUAUUGAUGAUGAGCGGCAGCUCCGUGCUUCCUCUUCGUCCGAAUCGCUCGCCAUGGCUGCAAUCUCGAGCUUCCUCGUCUGCGUCAGAGAUCCUUCCUUCCAAGCGCACCCCGGAAAUACGUUGAAGACAUUGGAGAAAUCUUUUGUUACUUGCCAUCCUUUGGGCUUGUCUUCUGCUCCUCUUCGCCAAAUGAGGGCUAGAGUUAUAACUCCCAAGCGUCAAUUAAUCCUUCGAUCUGCCUAUAGAGAGGGUGGAAGGCCAAACACUGCAAGCACAUUCAUUGGUGGUUUUUUGCUGGGAGGAAUGAUGGUUGGGACACUUGCUUGUGUCUAUGCACCUAAGAUCAGCAAAGCACUAGCUGGCACAGACAAAAAAGAAUUAAUGAGGAAGUUGCCAAAGUUCAUCUACGAUGAGGAGAAAGCUUUGGAGAAAACCAGGAAGGUGCUGACGCAAAAGAUUGAAGAACUUAACUCAGCGAUCGACCAGGUUUCUUCUGAAAUCCACGGGAAUGACAAGCCAAAUGGAGUGACCGUGUCUCCUAAUGAGAUUGAAGCUGCUAUAUAAAACACCAACUUUGGGAUCAUCUGUUGCUAUUGCUCUCUUUCUCCUAAUGCCAUUUAGUUUUGCAUUAUUAGAAUUGUUCUCCGUUUUUCCCCCUUUUUUGGUCAGUGAUGAAGGAUAUGGUGUUCUCAAGUGUUAUGUUCAUGCAUGUAAACAUGGUUCUCUAAAUAGGGGCAACUAUUUUUUUC